AUGACCUCUAAUAGCUUGUAUAAGUGUGAUCGAUGUAGUAAAUAUUUAGAAAAAACUGCUUUCGUUAGUAAAACUGGAAAACCUACAAAAGUAUGUAAUCAAUGCCGAAAUAACAAUUUAAAAAAUUACUACGCCACCAAGUUUAACGAAAAUCUGCCUUGUGAUCAAAAUCCUAUCGAACCUAAGGAAAUGAAAAAAAAAUUAUUUGAAUGUGUUCUUCAAGUUGGAGAUGAUGAAUAUGUAGAAAAUGAUAAUUCCGGAAUAGAGUUUUUGUGUGAAAUAUCAACUAUUUCUUUAAAAAGUGAACCUCAUGAACUUGCAAAAGAAAUCGCUACAAUCGUAGGAUCUGCUGACGGAUACUAUUACAUAUCUGAAAAAGAUCAUCACAAAUAUGCAUUUGUAUACAAUUGCUCACAAAGUUGUUCUUUAGCUAAGCGUCCACGAAAACAUGAAGAUCUUAACAAACAGCGUGAUAGAGGAUAUAUUGAACGGUUUUCCUGUAAUGGUGUUUUAAAAAUAUUACUUAACAUGGAAAUGAACACAGCAGCAGUUGAUCUUCAGCAUAAUUUACUUCAUAAACGUCCAGAUCGAUUUAAUCAAUAUAAUAAAUACUAUCAUAAGCGUGAACUACCAUCCUGGAGAAAGGAUUUUAAAAAAGAAUGGAUGCUGCUAAAAGACAAAAAAAUCAAUAAUCAUUAUACUGUUGACAUUGAAAAGUGGAUCUGUGGAUGUUUGGGAUUUUUAACUCACCGGUUUUUUCUCUGCAAACAUCUCAUUCAAGCAUCUCAGUUUAUAAUUAACAAGUUCUUUUUUGAACAUAUUCAACGGCAAGAAAUUUAUCCUUUUAUAUUCUUACCGUUACAAUCUGCAUCUGUACAACAAGCUCAAUCUUCAACCGAACGAUCAAUGCAUUCAAAUACAGUUCAACAAAUUUCAUCAAUUAUGCAAUUAAUUCAUUCAAAUACUGUCGAUACUGUAAAUGAUAUUAUUACUUCAAUUGAUGAUAACGACGAAUCAGUACAAUUAUUCGAAGAAUACAAAUCAGUACUUCGUGAUGCACUUGAACUUGUGCAAGAACAAGAAAAUGCCAAUAAUAUUCGAUGGGCACAAGCCGUUCAAGGAAGUUUCAAAGGCAUUCAAAAAUUAGUUAAGGAUGUUAAAUCAUAUAAAAGGAGAAUAACUAAUCCACGUACUUGGAAGGAUCACAAUCAACAUACGAUGUUUUUAGAUUUGCAAACUGCAA